AGAAGUCACAAACAUAAACUUGCGUAUCUCUGCUCUCGUCCUUGUUCAUCUUCUCUUCUCUUCGUGCCCUCACACUCUUCCUCUCCAUCGUCAGCUCCAUCUCUCUCUCUCUCUCUCUCUCUCUCUCUCUCUCUCUCUCUCCAAGACUCACAAUCACUCACCAACAGACCAUCACAGGAUUGGGAGUUGGAGGUCGUGCUAGUGACUCAGUUCUUUGAGCUUCUUCAUGGGAGUGAGACCUUGCCUCUCAUGGAAGGUAGGUUGAGGUGGAGGCAUGAUCAAAGGUUUAUUGGUGGGAUCUUUCUGUCUUCUUGUUGUUGGAUCAGGCAGAUGGCAAUGCAGGCGGCAUUUCCUUCUGCUGCACUUCAUGGUGCUCAAAUUGUUGCCAAUGCCUUUGUUGAGCAGUAUUACCACAUUCUUCACCAAUCUCCCGAAUUGGUUUAUAAAUUUUACCAAGAUUCAAGUGUGCUAAGUAGGCCCAACUCCAAUGGUGUAAUGACUUCGGUGACAGCAAUGCAGGCAAUCAAUGAAAAGAUUCUAUCCAUGGAAUACCGGAAUUACAAGGCAGAGAUAAAAACUGCAGAUGCUCAGGAUUCAUACAAGGAAGGAGUGAUUGUUCUUGUAACAGGAUGCUUAACUGGAAAGGAGGACAGUGUUAGAAAGAAAUUUACGCAGACAUUCUUUCUAGCUCCACAAGAGAAUGGCUAUUAUGUCCUUAAUGAUGUUUUUAGAUAUGUUGAUGAAAGCCAAUCAUUGGAUUUCAAUUCCGUGUCGGAAAACGGCAUUAAUGACAACACUCAACUGGCCCCCUCAAUGUUGGAUCCAGAGUCCAUUCGUGGUCCUGAUCAGCCUUCAUUGGAGCCUGUUGCGACCAUUGAGGCUGAGGAUCUGAAUGGUGCAGAAGUUUGUGACCCUUCGGACCAUGAGGAAGGAUCAGUUAUUGAAGAAGAGAUUAUUGACGAUCCCCCAGCUCAUUCAAGUUCGAAUGAAGUUGAUACAGUUGUCAGUUUGGAUCCUGCGGCUGCUGCAGCACCAGGGGAGAAGAAAUCUUAUGCCUCAAUCGUGAAGGUUACUAAGGUUGUUGCUAAAGCAUCUACCCCAGUCUAUGUUCCUACCCGUAGCAUGAGGGUGGCAGCUGCAAAUGUAGAUCAACAGUCUCUGGGUUCUGCAAAACCACCUCCUGAGUUAGAAGUGCCAGCUCCUAGUGACAGUGCUCCUGAAAGUAUCCAAGAGGAAGCUGAAGGCCACUCCAUAUAUAUUCGGAACUUGCCUUUGAAUGCUUCGGUUGUGCAGCUUGAGGAGGAGUUCAAAAAAUUUGGGCCCAUUAAGCAUGGUGGAAUCCAAGUCAGAAGCAACAAGGGAUUUUGCUUUGGCUUUGUGGAGUUUGAAUCAUUGGAUGCCAUGCAGGCUGCUAUAGGGGCCUCAACCGUAACAAUUGGGGGUCGUCAAACCGUAAUUGAGGAAAAGAGGACUACCACUCGAGUUGGAAGCAGCGGGAGAGGGAGGUAUCCUUCAGGGAGGGGUGGAUUCCGCAAUGACGGCUUCAGGGGCCGCGGCAACUUUGGUGGUGGCAGGGGCUAUGGCAGAAGUGAGUUUUCAGGCCGACCCAAGGGCCCAAGUGGACGCGUUGGAGAAGGUUAUCAACGCAUUGAUCAGAACGGAGGUGGGAGAGGAGGUCGUCAGGGAGAGGGCAAUAAGAGUGUUGCUGCAGCAUAAAGGGUCAACAAAUUCAUCGUUGGAGAUCAUUUUUUCUCAGCAGAAGGGGAAUAUUUUCCUUUCUUUUCCCUUUUUGCUUAGUUUAGGAUUGAUAUUUCUCUUUGAUAUUAUGUCAACCCCUUUUCUGUCUUCGGGAUCACGGUUAGGUUACGUAGUUGGUAAAUUAUUCAGUUCAUUCAAAGGUUUCAUAAAUGACAUGAAAAGGUGUUUUGAUCUGCA